CUCGAAGCCAGCGCUUGCCAUCGGCGAUUUUCAAACUUUUGCUUUUAAGAAUUCAUUUCCAAAGUCAGGAUGGAACGGCGUCUUGUAUCGUAUGCAAAUACGUCUGCUGACGUAGUUGAUCAUGUGGGUUUUGGCGUAGAUCCCCCUGUGAUCGCCAAUUUUUUUCGGCUGUUGUCUUUAGAAUUCGGCAGAAUCGUUACAAUCGUGCGCUUCUGUAGGCUGUACACGCGGAAAAGUACGCAAUUUUGGAGUCUAGCUGUCAGUAACCUCACAUCCCAGCUUUUUCCGUUGGUUGGUGGGCAGGUGAGGAGAAGCUGGGUGAAAAAGGUGGCAGAGUAGGAAAACUUGCCACAUAGGACCUUACAAAUAUUAUACUCCAAAAAGGGGAGACCAUCAUUGACAGACUGUGUGAUCUGGGAUGAAGUCUCAUGAAGUCUUCCAUUGGAGCUGACAUUCACAGUCAGCGGAAUCAUCCUUUACUGAUCCUCCACCAGACAAAGACCUGCCCAUUGCCCAUCAACAGAGACCCCCUGCACUGUACCGUCUUACUCCCUGACCAUGGCUAGUCGAAGAAAGUCUACAACACCCUGCAUGAUCCGACCGGAUGACUUGGUAACUGCAGACGAUCCAGAAGAAAUGGAUUCCUGUGUGGACGGUCCAGAAGAGAAUGGAUGCUCACAUGUGUCUUCUAGUGAGGACUGGAUGGAUAGGAAGAGUUCUGUGAACUCUGCGCAGGAAGCAACGGAGCUGGAAAAACCUGAAGUGAAAACACGACCACAGAGGAAACUCCAGGGAGGCUAUGAGUGCAAAUACUGUCCCUUUUCCACACAAAAUCUCAACGAGUUCAAAGAUCAUGUCGAUUCCAACCACCCCAAUGUUAUACUCAACCCACUGUACUUGUGUGCGGUAUGCAACUUCAACACAAAAAAGUUUGAUUCUUUGACGGAACACAAUGAGAAAUGCCAUCCUGGUGAGAGCAACUUCAAGUUCAAGAGAAUCAAACUCAACAGUCAGACUAUUCUAGAACAGACAAUCGAAGGUUCGAACUGUGCCGUCAUCUAUGAUACCACCAGCCCUCAGUCAGGAGAUGACUUUACUGCUUUUCCUCUGAGCAAAUCCAGUACUGUUAAGGUGGGUAAGCCCAAAGCAGAUAGUUUACGGUUGCAGGACGAUAGUCCGCUGGACAAACUCGCUCAAGAUCUACCGAAAAAGCAAAUUACUGCGGUGAAUGUGAACGGGACUGUGAUAAUCCCAGAUGCAACUAUUAAGGAUGGCCUCUCUCAUAUAAUGCCAUCCUUGCAACGCCCGCCUAACUACAACUUAGUACCAAAAAUCGCCGUCCCCUUGAACACUUCAAAAUACAACCCCUCGCUAGAUGGCAACUUGACCCUCAUAACCUCCUUCAACAAGUUUCCGUACCCUACCCAAGCAGAGCUCUCUUGGCUCACUGCAGCCUCCAAACACCCCGAAGAACAAAUCAAAGUGUGGUUCACUACCCAACGGCUAAAACAAGGUAUCAGCUGGUCUCCCGAGGAGGUUGAGGAAGCACGAAAGAAGAUGUUCAAUGGAACGAUUCAGCCUGUUCAACAGGCGUUCACUGUCUUACCUGCUCAGUUAACUCAGUCCACUAAAGCUUCACAGCCCCUUAUCCAGACCGUCCCUUGCCAUGUCCUUGGACAAUCUGGCCUGGUGUUAGCACCGGUUUCCAAUGGCUCAACUGCUACUGGUGCUGCUCUCGCACUAACAGUGACAAAUCAAAUAGCACAGGGUGUCAAGAGGGCCCACAGAGCACCACUGGUUGCCCCAGAGAUAAAGAGGCCUUCAAUAAUUCAGUCCGUUCAGAGCACUCCCAAGUCUGUCUCUCCGACACCAAGCCUUUCUUCAGAUUGUGAGAAAACCCCUGAUCAGAUCAGAGAGCUGACCAACAGCUAUGCUCAGUGCCAGUUUCCUGAUGAUGAAGAAGUGUAUCGUCUCACCGAGACGACUGGCCUCUCCUGGGGAGAGAUCAAAAAAUGGUUCAGCGAUCAGCGCCAUGGAAACCAUAAGGCAGUGCAACAGAUUAAAACCGACCUCUCUUUGAAGGACCGCCAACCGCAUAAGCCUGUUGCCACACAGUUUCCCCUACUAGAGAGAGUUAAAGGCAAAUCCUCUGAACAAAUGAAAAAGUUAGAGGAGAGUUUCCAAAGGACUAGCUUUCCAACCCAGGCUGAGAUAGAGCACCUUGUGGCGGACACCAUGCUCUCCAAAACCGAAAUUGAUUGCUGGUUUACGGAGCGCCGUGCACUACGAGACAACCUGGAGCAAGCCUUGCUCAACUCGAUGGGCUCAAAAAGGCUGGAGCAUCACCUACAAAGGGGGACACUGAAUGGAGUCCAUGAGCAGGACAGCAGAGUCAGGGACUCGCCUCUUCCCAUUCUCACGUCUUCAGUGUGUCCAGAGGCCAUCGAUGGCAAGUCUCUCUGCCUUCUUAAAGACAUGUUUGCACAAACCCAGUGGCCCUCACCAGAGGAGUACAACCAACUAGAAAUCCAAACAGGGUUAGCUCGUACAGAAAUUGUCCGGUGGUUUAAGGACAACAGAUCUGCUCUGAAAAAUGGGACGUUAGGUUGGAUGGAGCAAUUUCAAAGUCUUAGCAACAAGAGACCGAAUGGACAAAACAGCUCGUUGAUCUCGGAGCAGGCCCAGAGUGUCCUACAAAGGCACUUUCAAGAGACAAAGGUACAAAAAGGGGAGGGUUUUGAGAAGCUUGCAGAGCAGUCAAAACUAACCAACCAGGACAUAGUCGAAUGGUUCACCAGUAAGCUGGGCCACAACAUGCCUGAUAUCAGCAAGAGCAAGGACCAACAUGGACAGGCGAGUGUAGAUGGUAAGAGGUGGGUUUCCUUGGCAGCUGACAUUGAAGGCAAAGAUUACGAUGCACAGAAAGUGGAACGAGACCUUGAAGUUCUGUCGGCAGAGCACAGAGUGACUGGAUGAAGUGAUAAAG